UACAUUUCCUCGGCGCGAAGUAUUGUUUCAAGCCAUGCAUCAGUUGUCGCUGAGAAGUUGAUGUGAAUUGGCAAAACAGCGGAAAAGGGUUUCCAUUUUAUUCGAGAAACAUUACAAAAUUGAGUAAAAAAGUGCAGAUUGGAACCGUUUCUACACCAUCCACCGUGCGCCUCCAUCAGUGGGAAGUGAUUUUAUUUUCCGAACGGUGCUACGCUGUCUCGAUCAGUGUGAUAAAGCAUCAGAGAGACACAAGUUCGGUUUCAAAGUUCGGAACAAAUUUCCCGGAAUGUCAACUCGGCUAAAAUAUUGGUUUAAUAUCGGGAGUUUCUUCGAAACGAUGAAACCCAAUAUACGUGUACUGAAGCUGUUCGGUUUGUUCCCAUAUACAAUUUCCCAAGCGAAAGGGCGUUCCAUUCCAUCUAAUUCUCACCACUCUAACAAUCGUUGUAACCACUCCAAGACGUUGAAAUCAGAAGUUAAAUUUAUAGAUAUCGCCAUUUUUACUCUAUGGCAAACGUUUUUCCUCCAAAUGCUUUACGUAUCGUGGCCCAAGAUGUUUCUCAAUAUGCCCGUAUCCCGCAUCAUAACCAUGGUCACUCUCAUUCUAUAUCUGCUUGCUGGCUUUAAUUGUUCCGUGUCAGCCACGUUGGUGCUGCUGUUUCGGAAAAAGUUCCUACAUAUGGUGCAGUUAGUGGAAGAGGCAGAUUCUCUGUUUAGCAAAUAUUUCUAUGAAAUUCAGCACUCCAAACACCAUCUAGUUUGUGUGGCGUUGCUCCUGGGAUCAUUCGCUUGUCAGGGACUACUGAUCCUUAAUGAUUACACUGCUGGAAAAAUGCUCGUCAACACAACUCUCUCUUUACAGAGCAUGCCAAUGCAGGCCAUUACCUCUUACUAUUAUAUUAUCAGAUCCAUACAUAUAUCCUGCGUGGUUGCCUUUAUCAGUGGGUUGUAUGGUUUUCGAGACCGGUUUUUUGCAUUCAACAAGCAGCUACGGAUCUGUUUUGUGGAGAAACACUCAGGAGAACAAGCGGCUUCGUACAGGGUAUUGAUGAAUCAUGUACAAGGAUUUACAGCAAUUUACAGCAAUCUGUGCGAUGCCAUUGGAAUAUUUUGCACCAUUUUCGCGUGGCAGCCAAUGAUGUUCUGUGCGUCACUGAUUGUCACCGUAGUGUUUUCCAUUCUUACCAUUGGGCACAUGCUAACCAACCCGACACCGAUCGUACUAGCCCUUGCUUUGAUUUAUUCAGCAUUAACUAUCUUAUACACUUUGCUCUUCCUGAUGCUUGUCAAACUUGGGAGCGAUCUGAAAAGAGAGGGCAAGCAAACGGCCAUCCUGGUCCAUAAGGCAAUAAAUCAAUCAUCCAAGACGCCGGCUCUAGUGGAACGGCUUGUACUUUUUUCUCAUCAUCUACAACAUCAGAGGCCUGUUGUAUCGUGCGGAUUGUUCUGCUUCGACUGGACUUUAGCUCUUUCAAUCAUCUCUGCCCUUGCCACCUACAGUGUCAUAUUGAUUCAGUUCGAGCUGGGUGUGCCCAAAUUCUUCAUCAGUGCGAUUUUGCAACAAAAUGGCGACAUGACUACCACAAAUCCACAACCUUAACUGGCCUCAAGGUCAUCGAUUAUACGGUAAACUGAAAGACACCUGCUUCAUAACGAACGACACUGCGUAUGACACAUUAUUGAGGACGAAGCACUGGUGUGUCGAUGGCAAAGAACGACGGGAAGGAAAUCAUUUAAUUGAAUCAAAUCAACUACCCUUCCCAAUCGCUCACAAUGUCUGAUGGUCCCAGGAUUCUACAUUCGAUCCUAGCUGAUUACUUCCCCGUCGGCAACAGACAUUGAAACUUUUCAACCGUCCAGCUUGUAUCAGAACAUGACCCAUCAGUCUGCUUUGAACAAGUGCUAACAAACUAGAGAUAGCAAUAAAAAAUUAGAAUACUGCCAGCAUCUCUCUGGUCAACGAAUCGAGCCGGAUCAGUUAAAUAAACCUUCAUCGACUUGUUGGAGAGCUAACAUCGUUAUAGAACAUAAUCUACUAAGUAGUUUAUCAGUUUUGUUAUUUCCAGUGCAGCCAUUUGAUGUUCCCAGUUGUCCAGGCGGGGGGCUUAAAAAGAUUUUUCGCACUUACUCAGCUCGUUUAGUAUGCUAAUGCUACUGGGCUGUCCAUGUUUCCAAUGGUGAUAUUAGAAGAACAAACACGUUAUUGGCGUUCAACAUAGACAUGAUCUGCAAAAGACGUGUCACUAAACCUUUCCGAAUAACUUACCACACUCUCCAGAAAUUACUAAAGUUUUUUACAUCAAAAUAACGUCAGCCAUCGAGCGCUAGCCUCGCCGUACUUUAGGUCAAGCAAAACAAUUCGUUUAACACUUUUGCUUACCGGAUUCCAAAAUUAAUAAAACAGGACAGGUCUAUCAUCCACUGGAGCCGCCUUUAAUUUAUCAAAGCCAUCGGUCAUGCACACUGAAUCAAACACUCACAAGUGUUGGCAAAAAAGUUUGUAAGCCACUAGUGCAUUAACAACAACCACUCAGGCACCUCAGCCGUCUCGGAUCACACUUCGUUUACGUCAGGAGAAACAAGCUUUUGGUAGAAGUCAAACUUUGAACCCGCUUAAACAGCGCACGAGGGACAGAGAAUUUCAAGUUUCAUCGUUCUUCGUUAGGUUUUUUGUUAUUCGUUUUGCUAUUCGUGCACGUCCUACCACCGGCGGCUACGUUGAGGCCAGCAUAUGUAUCUGCCAACGGUGAAGCUGAAAAACAACAGGCAGGGCACAGCAAACAUAUGAUGCUGUGGAAGUUUGAAUAUUAAACAGAAAAACAUCAAAUUAAUUCAAUUUAGCACGUUGGAAGUUUUCAAUUAAAUUCAUUUACCCGCUGGGAUCUGUAGCACUACGAACCGGUGGUGAACUGAAAAUUGGCAAAGCAAGCCGAUCGACAGCAUGAUCAUGCAACAUGUGUUCUCUUGCAGGCAAUCAACUUUCAAACAUUCAAUUGAACAUCUUCAGGGCCUGUCGCUCGUAAGCUGGCAAAGUUUUAGAGGCACAUAAAAUCUGUUUGCCUUGCCUUCAGCGAAGAUAAUAAAACAUCCAUUUUACCCACCGCGAUUUCAAAUUCGCAAGCGCUCCAACUGCAUCUACUGCCUUUAUCAUAUCCGCAUCCGUACCAUACACACACUGAAGAGGAUGUAUUUCAACAGGCAAACAAACCACCUUGCAUGUCCUUCUUGGUGCGGGAUAUUUGUGGGUGCUCGCAAAAUACGUAUACCAGCAACGGAAUUCACUUGAAUUCAAAUCAAACUCAACGCAGCAUCCGCCGAUCUGGCACCGUUUGUCAAUACAAUCGGAAGUGAGGGCGCUUACGCCUCGCUGAUUUGAUUUUUCCUCCAUGAGUGCAAAUUCGUUUACUCGUUUGAUUUGUGUGCGAUUCUGUAUCCUACCGACACACAGCAAACUUUCGCCAAUCAGCCUAGCUGAUAUCGACUGCAUUCUAUUAAGUAUUUCAGAAUCUUCAAAUCACAUUUUGGAGAACAUCAUUUCCUGUGUUUUAAGUACAUACCAUUUUAAUAAUAUACCUAAGCCAGAAAGAACAAAUUUGACGAAACGUUCCUCAUACCCACCUAUGAAAUAGAAACUGAUGCUGCUAGCGUAUGCGAAUUGUGCUAGAAUGAACUUUUAUUUGGCUUUGAAUAAAAUAAAACAAUAAAUAAACAACCGUUGACGUAACGUCACUGAACACAACUGAGCAAAAACUAACUGAUGCGAAAUGUCACGUAACGUAGAAAAUACCAAACCGGUUCUGGGUUUUCUAUUUAACAGCACAUGCAGCAGGCAAACAAUGCAUCGAUCAAAGGCAAAAUCCCACAUGCUUUCAGAGCGCUAGUUUUUAGAAGAUUGCAAAAGAUCCAAUACCAAAAUAUUGAACUGUCUUCACACCAUCAGAAUUAUAAUUACUCUGCAACAAUACUAAUGCCGCACAUAGUUUGAUGUUUUUCUUCUCUUGCAAUGUAGCAGUUUCCUUUCUACUUGUGGUGUGUGGUAGACGAGAAUUCACUGAGCCGUAGAUGCAUCUUUGGAAUCAUCACACCCUGCAACUGUUAGACCCCUACCAGCUUAUCCCUGUACGUACUGUCACCGCACUACCGCACUCUGAAAAGCGUGACUCUUCGAAAGAGCGUACACAAAAGAACCACACGAGACUUUCACAAUAGAAUUUUCAUCUUCCCUGCGGUGCUAAUGGCGCCACCCUUAUUGCAACUAACGACAACAACGACACGACGUCGGUGCGAAGUAUCGUACGUCGACGUCAACUUGAAACGAAUUCUGAACAUGACUCCAAGACAGAAAGACGGGACAUGUGUUGCGUUUCGCAAGCUGCGUGAAAUAUUCCUUCCGGCUGUACAUGCUAUACAGACGGUACGCAAGAUUCAUCACGAUUUGCACUUGCUCGUUCUACCGUUCGAAUUUUGUUUAUCGUUAGGGUUUUGAGAAAUUACAAAAAUAUGUUCGAUUUAUUGUUUUCAAACCAUACGAAACAUAAAACAACAACUGUAUACUCAUGUUUGAAUCCCCGUAUAACAUGCGAGGAUGUGUCUUUUCUAAUUAAAUCCA